AUGGACUUCAAUCUUCAUUGUCCCUGUUUUCAUAAAGGGAGCCUAGUAACUGUGCCCGGGGUCCCCUGGUUCAAAGAUCCUGCUUUACGUUCUCAAGAGACCAGCCUCCAGUCUUCUAAUGGGAGGGAAGCAGAAUCCAACGAUGUGACACGGGGAGAGAGCGCCGGCGGUCUACCUACUUCUCUGGCGCGUUUCACCGAGCGAUCAGAGAGCCGACACUCCCGGAGCUCGGGAUGCAAAGGCGCCCGACGACCGUCCGAUUCCGCCCGCCGGCGCCGGGGCCCCGGCGACCCUCCCCGCUCGGAGACCGCCGGUGCCCGGCUCGCGGGACCCAGGCCGGAGCCGCUCGGCUCUCCCCGCCCGCACCGUCCCCUCACGCCGCCUCCUGACCGGCCGGCCGGAGCCCCAGCGGCCGCGGCCCGCGGGACUGAACCGACGCCUCACGCCUCACGGAGCCGCCCACAGCCCCUGAGGGGCUACGGCAGCGAGCCCGAGACGCCUCACGCGGGGCCGCAGGAAGCCCCCGGGCCCCUCGGAAGCCGUCCCCUAUCUGGCGGCCCGAACCGCCACCGCCGCCGCCGCACUUACCAGGGACGGGAAAGUGGCCGGGAGCACCUAACCUCCCUCACUCUCUUCAGGGAGCGAACUUCCACACUCGAACUCGAAGGGACCGCCUCGCCGCACCCGCCAGUGCGUCCCGCUACGGCGCAUGCGCACGCAGACCCCGCCCCCACACGGGCGCGCGAGCCGGCGCGCGGGGCACGCUGGGAGCGGGAGUUUUCCCGCCGCUGCCGGCGGGGACGCGGCGGCGGCGGCGGUGGCGUCCGCUCUCCGACGCGGGGGACGCUGACGUGCCGCCACCUGUCGCUGCCUCAGUCCCGACUGCGUCCACUCAGGACCCUUCCCCGUCCCAGCCACUCCAUUCCAGCAGUUGCACGGGCCAGAAAACGCGGGGUCAGCUCUGAUUGUUCUCUUUUUCACACACCCCGCAGUCAAUCCAGCGACCCCGCUUGUUCGACUGGCAAAUAUGUACAGAAUCCAACCACUUCUCACGCUAACACCAGACCCGCCGGAGCCCCACCACCGUCUUUGCCCGGAUUAUUGAAAGAGUCGGCCAAAGGGCCUCUCGUUCCCACGCCCGCCCGCCACCUUUCCGCUACUUAUCGACGCAGUGGCCAGCUGGACCCCAUUGAAAGGGAGAGAGAAAGCAGUGUGAGGACAGAAGCAGUGAGAGAUUUGAAGACACUAAGCUGCUGGCUGGGAAGAUGCAGGAAAGGGCCACAAGACAAGAAAUGUUUAUUUCAUUCUUCUUUCAGAAGAGAUAGUGACUGUUCCCUGUUGUAUGCCCAGAACCUAAUAAUACAAUGUCUGGCACAUAUUAGGUGCUUAAUAAAUACUUGUUGAAUAAAAUCCAUUUGUGAUGGUUACUUUUAUGUGUGAACUUGUUUGAGCCAAGAGGCCCAGAUAUGUGGCCAGAUAUUACUCUGGAUUUUCUGUGUGCUGUGGGAUGAGAUUAACACUGAAAUCAGUGGACUCUGAGUCAAGCAGGUUGCCCUCCACAAUGUGUCGAACGACUGAAGAGAACAAAAGACUGACGUCCCCAGUGUGAGGGAAUUCUGCCAGCAGACAGCCUUCCACUUCGAACUGCAACAUAGGUCUUUCCUAGGAUUCCAGCGUGACAGCCUUCAGACUUGAACUGCAGAUUGUGGACUUGCCAGCCUUCAUAAUCAGGCGUGAGCCAGUCCUUAAAUCUCUCUGUAUACACACAACCUAAUGGCUGUUUCUCUGGAGGACCCUGA